AGAAGACCAGGCGGGGCGCGAAGGAGAGGACCUCGUACGCCCUGAGCAGCAGUGAUGAGGAGAAUCUAACGAAGGAGAUCGGGGUCACUUACAAAUCGACCAGGUCGGCGAAACCUGUUGGCCCAGAAGACAUGGGAGCCACAGCAGUGUAUGAGCUGGACACGGAGAAGGACAAAGAUGCCCAGGCCAUCUUCGAGCGCAGCCAGAAAAUCCAGGAGGAGCUGAGAGGAAAGGAAGAUGAUAAAAUUUACCGUGGUAUUAACAACUACCAGAAGUAUGUGAAGCCCAAGGACACAUCGAUGGGAAAUGCCUCUUCAGGAAUGGUCAGGAAAGGGCCCAUCCGGGCUCCGGAGCACCUGCGGGCCACGGUGCGGUGGGACUACCAGCCUGACAUCUGCAAGGACUACAAGGAAACGGGGUUCUGUGGCUUUGGAGACAGCUGCAAGUUCCUGCACGACCGCUCGGACUACAAGCACGGCUGGCAGAUCGAGCGGGAGCUGGACGAGGGCCGCUACGGCGUCAACGAUGAGGAAAACUAUGAGGUGAGCAGUGAUGAGGAGGAUAUGCCUUUCAAAUGCUUCAUCUGCAGAAGUUCCUUCAAGAACCCAGUGGUCACCAAGUGUAGGCACUACUUCUGUGAGAGCUGUGCCCUCCAGCACUACCGCAAGUCCCAGCGCUGCUACGUCUGCGACAAGCAAACCAACGGAGUCUUCAACCCAGCGAAAGAGCUCAUGGCAAAAUUGGAAAAGCACAAAGCAGAGGAAGAGCAGCAGGAUUCAGACCAUGAAGAGGAUCCAAAAUAGCAAAGCACCCUAUUUUGUAUGUAGCUGAAUAAAGCUUUUAUGGG